GGGUUGGCAGUCGGCUCUUGAAAGCCGCCCGGUGAAUGCCACUCGCGGCUCUCAAACGCGCGUUUUUGCCAACCUCUCGGUUGCACCCAGAGGGAUUCGUGUCUAACGGCUGUGCCGUAAAAUUCUGCGCCAAGGGAGACUUUGCCGAGAGGGAAUCUCUCGCGAAAGCGGGAGGGAUGGAGAGGAGAAGUGCCGAUAUUUUUAACCGAUCAUUUUCACGGUGGCUGUAAUGAACAGUAUUGAAUGUUCGCGCGAAGCCGUGGGACGAGAAGGAAAGAGGGAAGAGUGCGGGGGCGGUGUUGAGUGCGAUUUUUAGCAAAUGCUAAUCUCUUCGAUGUAGAGAAGUCAGCCGUUCGUUUCGCGUCACGGCAGUCAAUGUUAUAAUAAAAUUGAUGCCGCGAGUGGGAUAAAUGACUUCUACUGAAUAUCAAAGACAGAGGGAGAGAGACAGAGAAUUUAAUAGGAUUGAAACAUUAGAAAUUGUUCUUUGUUUCAAUCCUCUUACACAAGAAUGUUACACUGAACACUGUAGUUGCAUUAAUAGUUGUCUCACGAGCCGCUAUAAUGCUACAUAAGCAUAUUGCCAAGACCUGUCUUCGGAGCUCUUCACUCUGUUCGAGAAGGAAAACAUAAGCUGUUGCUUAAGUUGUUAUCCGACUCUGACUGAAGGCCAGGGUCGUGACACGCGAGACUCAUGCAGUUCAGAAUCCCACGGUCUCGAUGGCUGGUCAUGCGAUCGAGCGCGAUCUUCGCGCUACAUGUAGUGCGGAAAAAGUAUUUCUUGGGAGAACUACUUACGCAAAAUUCAUUCUCAUCGUGUCAAGCAUCGACAAAGUGUAUUAAAUGUAGAAAUUAAAAAAUUCUGUGCGCGAUUGAUUUUGUAAAAAAAUGGACACAUAAUUUAAUUAAAAACGGACAUUAUGCAAGUGUGAAAAAAAUAGUGCGGUCAAGCGAAUUUUCUUAAAAAUUCGUUUUUAGUUUAGUGUCGUGUAUUUGUGUUGUAAAUUAUAAAACGUUAAAAUCAAUGAUAAGUAACAAUGGGAAACACAAAAUCACAACCUUGCGGACGAAGCAAGUCGCUCUAUCUGUUCUAUCUUAUCCAUCGAACGUGGAGUGUCGUCGUAGAUCAUCGGAGGGAUCAAGAUCGCUGUGACGAUACCGACGGAGAGACGGACUUAUCAUCAAAAUGCAGCACCUGCAAUGGAUACGAUUACCGACGGGACAGUCUAACCUUCGAAAGCGAGUCGGACAUGGCGCCCAAUGCGGAGGAGGAACUGCUGGUUGUGAAACCAUGGGGACCGCAACCGGAAAAGGAACGCUUAAGACCACCCACGUAUAACGCCGAAGAUUACGCAAUCGCGCUGAGACGAUGGGGAAGACGGCCAUUAGGCACCGUUCAAGACUCUCAAGGUACUUUGCCGUCGACAACCAGUUCGAGUUCCGGUUACGCAUCCGGAAGUGGCGAGAUGACCUUGAGACAGUUCACGUCGGUCAGCGAGCUAUUAAAUAAACUCAGAGCCGAUCUCAGACUUGCUUUUCCCAGCUUCGUGCAAGAGUUCGCCUCGCCGCCUGCGGACGGCAUCACCUUGCUGUUGGAAACUUUGCGCGGCGUUCAACUGGCCCAAAGUUCACCGCCGAGUUCGGGACAGACUGGACCCAGGAUCGGUACCAGAAGGGCCGCCCUGGACGAAUUGGGGUGCGUGGAAUGCCUGGCCGCGUGCGGCGAACGAUGCGCCGAUGCACCGCGGCUAUUAGUGCAGGCGCAACCUGGCCUCCUGGCUCUCGCGGUCUGUCUGACCAGUAGUCUGAACCGGUCCCGUGUUCUGGCUCUUCAGCUCUUGACGAAAGUGUGCCAAGCACCAGGUGGACACGCGGCUGUUUCGGAAGCCGUGUCAACUCUGAGACUCAAAUACGGGGAAGGAGGGAGAUUCCGAUUUUUAGCGGGUGCACUUUUAGCUCCGAGAGCAGCCAUCGCGCUGAGGGUUGCAGGAGUUUCGUUUCUGAACGCUUUCCUGAAAUCUGCACCCCGCACGCAAACCAAGCUAUACAUUCAGGCUGAGGCCUGCGAAGCUGGCUUAGAGCCGCAGGUACUUCAGGAAUGGCUGAGGGAAUUCGACGGACGCGAGGAGGACGCUUUAACUGAUUUACUGCACAAGGAAGUUCAGAAAUGGACGCACAACUGCGUCGAUGUAGAUGCUCUGCAGCGCAGGGUGACGCGCGCGGAGGAGACCUGCAGGAUACUUAGCAAAAAAGUAUCGCUUCUGCAAAUGCAGCUGGAGAAACGUAAUGACUGCAACUUGGAAGAACGAGAUAAAUCUGCGCCGAUGAUCCUUAUUGCCGCUAAAAGUCCGAAAGUAUCCUCGAACGCGGAGGAUGAAGGUAUCAGCUCCUCAGAGAGAUCUAGCAGCCCUGAAGAUACGAAGCAUCAAGCGAGAAUUAAUCGACAGAAAGCCUCGCCCGCGCAAAGCAACGAUCAGGAAACAACGAUAGAUGACGUGAUCGAGGAAUUGAGAAUCAUAGUGAAGGAUGCCGAGGAAGAAUUCAGUGACAAAACUCAGGAAUUGAAUCACCGUGCUAAUAACGAUCAAGAAACCGUCCAUAAUGAACAGGAUAAAAACAAAUUGUACAGAUCAAAUUCCAAAAUCUCAUUGAAUAAUUCUGAGAGUUAUAUGUACGACAAAAUAUCCAAGAGGGACCAAUAUACAGAUUUGAAGCUAAAGUCGAACACGGGUUCUAACGCGUUUCACAAUCAGAUAAAAGAUGAGCAGGUGACGUAUUUUGGCAACGAUCAAGAUUAUAGUACAGACUCGGACGGUGCGAAGAGACUGAAUCCCGAUGGACCGCGCAAAACAUCAAAGUCGUCGAUGGAAGGCAGUGUUAAGAUCGUCGUAAAGGGACCUGACGUGGAAGAGGCGAUAGUACCGGCUAUUCUACAUCCACAACCGCCACGAAGGGCACCGCCGUGCUUAUCAGCUAUCAUGGCCGCUAGGCAUUGCGACUUCGCCGACCAUGCGGAGAUGUACAACUCCCAUGACGAGGAAGUUGAGGAGGAAACCCUGGGUGACGGCAGUGAUUCCUUGCUAAGCGCUUCCAAGCUCAAGUAUAACAGCAAACAUCAAAUCUACGACGGACAGAUGAGGAACGUUAACGAGGAUCACUUCCAGAAACAGACCAAGAGCGACACUAUACUGAUAGGAUCGAAUCACAUCGAUAUUAAACUUAGAAAGAGUUUCGACGAUCUGCGACACUUCGGGGACGAUACGAAGGACAGAAAAACAUUGCGAAGUUAUGAGAUUUCCAAGUCAAAGAUUAUGGAUGUUAAACCAAUUAACAGACAAAUCGAUGUUUACAGACAAUUCGACCUCAUUCCCAAGGGAUUUGAGACGUCCUCUGGACGAUCGGCCGAUCAACGAACGAUUCGACAUAGCUCCAAAUACAGAAGCGAGAUAGAAAAAAGGAAAUACUUACGUCGCUCGGCUAGUCACGAUUAUCUCGAGUCAAACGUGUCCAGCCCACAGUCCAGACGGUCGGGGAGUAGAGUGGAGUGUCGCAUCAGAAAAUUCGAAAGUUUAAAUUCUUUCGACGAGCAUCGAAGUCUGCAGAAUUAUGAGAGAUCGAACGAUUCGGAGAAUCUUAAACAAGAGCAAGAGUCGCUCCUGAUCGAUUCUUCCAGAUUCAAAAUGCGUAGGUCGGAAUCCUUUCAUCACAUUUCCCAUCAUACAGCAAAGAGGGAUCAAUGUUCGUCGAAAGGGGAAAGCGACAGCGGUCUUUUCUACAUCACAGACUUUAAUCUGAAGCCCGUCGUUACGAGACGACCGCGGUCGAUCGACGCGCCAAAGUCUCCCAGUCUGAUAACGAAAUCCCUGGAUAGAAUUGACGAGGGUCUGGAUUCGAUGGUCGACAUUGUUAUUACGCAAGAACAAAAUCAAUGGAAUGGGGAUAAGCGUCAGUCAAAGGCGAUUAAGUCCCGCGACGAGAAGCAGUUGACGAGGUCGAGAACCGUCAGACCUGACGAUUUCUGUGGCAAUUCUUCAGAGUUUGAUCAGCACGGAAGACGGGAUAAUCUCGUUUCUAGAAACAGACAUCUGAAGAACGACGAACUGUAUCAUGUUAACAAUAAGCAAUUAAAGAGCGAUGAAUUUUACGAGGAACAGAGAACUCGCGAAUGGAAUUAUCAUAAUGAGUUAAAUUAUGCGAGAAGCAAGGGUGAAACAAGCUCGGAAAACUCGCCAGUAAUAUUAUCGAAAAAUGGUAUAAGACACAAUUCCUUUUGUCAAGAUAAAGUUAAUAACAAGUUUUCUGGCCGACCAAACGAAUCAGGAAUUUUUGCUGGACGAACGUAUGAUACAUUUGGUCUCGGAAAAAGUCGUUUCAACGCGGGAAAGUACUCGGGAAAUCAGCAAAUUAAAGAAAAUCCGAUUAGUCGAAGAAAUACGACAUCUUCGCUGAUUGGAAAACGUGGAAAAGUAACAGAUGUUGUCUCCGGACUUUAUUGAAUGCAGUUAAAGCAUAAAUUGUAUGUGGAACUUUAAAGAACCAAUGGAAAUAAUUCGUAAUUAUUUUCACACAUAUAGAAAAUGAUUAAGAAUUUUUUUUAUAUUUAAGAAUAAUUAAAUUAACAUGUUUUUGGGUAAAAUAAUAAUAAAGAUAAAUUUCAUCUUUAGGAUUAUUUUAUUAGGAUAAUAAUACCCUAAAAUCAAUAUGACAUAAAGGCAUCAUAUUGAAAAUUGACGAAAAAAAAUUUUAUUCUUGUUUUAAAUUAGAUUCCAAGACGCCAAACUUAAAAAAAAUAUAUAUAUAAUUUUGUUAUAUCACCCAACAGUAAAAUAAGAAAAUAUAAGUUUGACGAUUCGUGAUUUCUAUAAUGUAAGAGAAAGCACAAAGAGUAUAUAUAUAUAUAUAAAAUAUGAACGAUACAUUUUUUUUAUAGAUUGACACACGAGUAUGUUAUUUCAUAUAAAAUAGAAAACGGCUAGACAAAGAGAAUGAUUUUGAGUGCAAUAUUUUUGAGUAUUAUUACGAUACUACACUUGUAAUAAUUACAUUUACAUCGAAUAUACACAACGAAUAAUUCUUCUGGUGAUGGACUCUUGUGUGCCUUCACUACAUUGUGUGAUACGAUUCUUUGUUAACAACGAUUAUAUAUGCAAUAGUAGUGCAAGUGCCAACUAAGACUGUACUUCGUAGAUUUAUUUUCAUGUAUUACAUGUAUAUAUAAAUAUGAAGAUAUUGAAAUAAUUUUGUAGGGAAGUUUAAGUCUCAUGCAGCAGAAUUAUUUAUAACUUCUAAAUCACAAAAUUUUUUUGCAUUAAAAAAUGAGAAUGAAACCUUCAUGUUAAGAAACUUUAUUUCUACAUCGCUUUUAAUUUAUUGUUUUGUGUGCUUAAUACCAUUUAAAUAAAGAUUGUAACUAUGUAAA